AUCCCAUCCCUAGUUGUCAACCUCCAAAUAUCUCAUAAUAACAAAAGGCGUUCUUCGUAAUCAUUUGAAUUAACAUCGUUUUCCACAAUUAUUCCAGGAAUAUAGGAAAAAGGAAUAUCAUAGACAUAGUACACAUACAUAGUCUUAACAAAGGACACUAUUAUGUCAUUAACCCGAAAAGAUUAAGUGACGUGGUUAUAUUCUAUUCUGAUUCAUUCUGCUUUUGUUUACAUGUAUCGGGUGUUCUGCUUCUGAAUGCUAUCAUAUCAAUCAUGAGUGAUAAUUCUGAAACUGAAGAUGUACAUGAACUCUUUGUACAAGAUGGAGUAUUGUUGUUUUCAGCCGCUGCUUCCUUCAUAAGCUUUGUUAAAUCUGUUGGUACAUUGAUGAUAACUGAGUAUUCUGAUGGAAAUAAAUAUAUUGAGUGGAAACCAAUAGAUGUAACUGUAGAUUCAGAUAUCCAAGAUCAGGAAUGGGCAGUAGUUAACACUGUGGAAAGACGAAUAAGAACGUUAAGUGGUUCUGUACCACCAGAGUAUAAAAAUCGAUCAAAGUACCUCAGAGUUAACUUUGAAGAAAUAAAAAGCUUCAGAGUUUCUGACAAAAAUAGGAGGCUAACUUUCAAUGAUGGAAAAUCAGAGCAAAUUUGUACUUAUCUAUUUCAACAUGGUAAUUGUGAGCAUUUCGUGAAUUUUUUGAAAUCUCUAGUACAGACAAUUCCUUCGAGAAGAGAUAAGCAUCUAUUAGUUGUCCUGGAUAAAACCAAUCCUGAAUUUGAGAAAAUGGAUAGAUCCUUUGCCGAAUUGAAUGUUUAUACAGACAGCCCUUGUGUUUGGAAAUUAUGGGAUGAUUUUCAGGAGAGGCCUAUGGUCGCUACUUUUGAGGCUUUUGCUAAGAUCACAGAUUUAGUUUAUAGGAGUCCGGAACAAAGGGAGCUCAGUGAUGACGUUAAGGAAAUUCUUAAUAAAAGCAUAACUGAAUGUGGAAGUACCUCUACCAGUCAUUCGCAAGGUGACUAUGAAGUGAUAGAUGUGCCUCACUUACCAAAGCGGAGAGAUUUUCCUAGAGGAAAACCUUUGACAUUAGACCAAUGGCUUGGGGUACAAGAUCAUGAGGAAAGAAUUGAAGACUCUGAAUGCUUAAAACUCAUAAUAUUUCAAGGGGGGAUAACACCUUCAUUAAGAAAAGAGGUUUGGAAAUAUCUUUUGGAUUACUACCCUUGGAACUGUUCAAAGGCUGAACGCCAAAAAUUAAUAUCACAAAAGAAUGACGACUACUUCUCCAUGAAAUUACAGUGGAAGACAAUGACUAAGACACAAGAAGACAAUUUCACAGAUUACAGAGAAAGAAAAUCACAAAUAGAAAAAGAUGUCAGUAGAACAGAUAGAACAAUAGACUUUUAUGCGGGUGACAAUAACCCUAACCUUCAAAUUCUUAAUGACAUCUUGAUGACAUAUGUUAUGUACAACUUUGAUCUAGGUUAUGUUCAAGGAAUGAGUGAUCUUCUCGCUCCAAUUCUACACUUGAUGCAGAGUGAAGUUGAUGCUUUUUGGUGCUUUGUGGGAUUCAUGAACAAAUUGAGUUCGAAUUUUGAUGCGGAUCAAAAUGGAAUGAAAGAACAGCUGAGUAAUUUAUUCACACUUAUUGCCUUUAUAGAUCCAGAUCUUGCCUCUUAUUUCAAUAAUCACGAUUCAGGAAAUAUGUUCUUCUGUUUCCGCUGGUUGUUAGUUUGGUUUAAAAGAGAACUUAGUGAAGAAGAUUGUAUGUCACUUUGGGAGGUCCUCUGGACAGGUUUUCCUUGUGAGAAUUUCCACCUGUUACUUUGCUGUGCCAUUCUCACCCAAGAGAAGCAAACUCUGAUGGAAAACAAUUAUGGAUUCACAGAUAUACUAAAGCACAUCAACGACCUCUGUGGAAGAUUGAAUGUUGAGAAAAUCCUGAAUGAUGCCCAGGCAAUUUACUACCAAAUAAAGGAAUCAAAGCAAUUGAACGACAUUGUAAGACUUCUGUUGGGACUUCCAAUAUCAGGAAAUAGUUUGUCAGAUAAUCAUGAAACUUCACCAUUCGAGGAAAAUAUGAGCACUUGCAAUGGAUCGACCAGCAUGCAGAGACAAGGCUCACAAGAUAGUGUGAGAAUAAGUCCUGAUGAAAAUAGUUUUGAAAAGUGUAUUUCAUCUAAUUUCUUAUGAUGAAAUAUUUUUAUGAUCAAGCAGCUUGUAUAAAAUUAUUCUCUUGUUUUAAUAGGAAUUUUGAAUUAUCAAAAAAUAUUACAUAUAUGAAUUUCACAAAGCUAAUGGUUUUUAUGUAUUCACUUCAAUAAAGUUUAUAAAAAAAUUA